AUGGGGGAAAAAGUUCUUGCUUGCAUUAUAACUGAGUUAAAGAAGUCAAAAGAUUAUUCUUUUUCUGUGGAUUCUACGCCAGACAUUACUCAUCUGGAUCAAUUAACGUUCACCGUACGUUACGUUACAGAUCAAGGGCCUAUUGAACGUUUUUUAAUGUUCGUUCCCAUAGAAGGACAUAAUGCUGAACACUUAACCGAAGUUGUAGUCAAAUUUUUCAAAGAUAAUGAUAUUGAUAUAAAUGACUGUAGAGGUCAAUCCUAUGAUAAUGCAUCGAAUAUGCCUGGGCGAUAUUCGAGACUAUGGCAGAAAAUAUUGUCAUAUUUAGGGACCAAAAAAAAAGUUGCUAAAUCGCUAUCCGCUACUCGAUGGUCAGCUCGAAUCGAUGCGAUCGCAGGUUUUUAUAUAAGCUAUCCCGAUAUUACUAGAGUUCUAGAUGAUCUAUCCAAGGACGAUACGCAGUCUAACGAGACAAGAAUUGAAGCUAAGUCUAUUUUAAAGCAAAUGAAAAAAUUUGAAAAUGUCCUUAUGACUAGAGGAAAUAUGGAUUUGUAUAUUGCAUGCAGUCUUUUGAAUUCCUUAGAACUGUACUUAUCGGAUAUUAGGGAAAAAUUUAAUGCGUUUUUAGAAAAAGCAAAAAGCUUUACUGAUAUUUACGAAACUGAAUCUACAUCUGAUCCAAUAAAUAGAAGGAGAAGCGUAAAACUUACUCGCUUUGAAGGACAGAGUGAAGACACGCAAUUAACUGGAGAUGACAGGCUCAAAAUAGAGGUUUUUUAUCGAGUAAUCGAUUCGCUUUGUUCCAAUUUAAGAACUAUAAAAGCUGAUUACGAAACGAUGAAUGAUGAUUUUAAGUUUUUCAUUGCUCUACCAGAUAUGAAGUAUGAAGAAAUAAAAGAAUGCUGUGAAAAACUUGCCAAACAUAUGAUCAAGCCAUCGCUGCAGCAACUUAACGUCGGAAUGUUUACAUUAUAA